GGACAGGGGGGCGGCAGUGCUGGGUGACACAGGGCAGAGAUCCGCCCCUGGCUGGGGGAGGCUGCGCCUGUCAUACAGGAGGACGGCUGCAGCAGUAGCAGCUGCGCUGGUAUAGGAGGAAGCUGGAGACCAGGGCAGGGGGCAGAUAGCGGCCGGGGCAGUGGGGUACACAGCGCUGCAUACACCUGCCCACUGCCCGCACAGGAGUGUAUGGACGCCAAGGCAGCUAGGAGAAAGCCGGGCAUGCAGGGCACCCACCGGGGCUACUCUGUCGGCGGAAUGAGCAGCUGAGGACAGGAGGGGAAGGAGGAGGACGCCGCAGGGAGAGAGGAGCACACCGCAGCAACAGCACCGAGCACACGGCCAGUCCCGCACCAUGGAGAGCAGCGCAGGUGGUGUCAUUGCAUACAUCAGUUCUUCAAGCUCAGUCUCCAGCCCUUCCUCCUGCCACAGCGAGAGCUCCAACAGCAGUUUCUUGUCUUCACCCUCCUCCUCUCUGCCAUCCUCCCCGAGCAGCUCUGCUUCUGAGGGGAGUAAUGGUGGCAGCAGUGGGAAUAGCAGCAGAAGUGACCUUUCCAAUGGAUGUCUCAACUCCAGCCUUGAGGAAACUCCAAGGAACCAGCAGGUGGACACACUGUGCAUAAAAACAACUUAUACAAGUGCAGAAAUCCUAACCAAAUGCCAUGCAGGAGUCACCUCUAAGUUCAGUGGAAUGAUACUCCUUUGCAAAGUGUGUGGGGAUGUAGCAUCUGGCUUCCACUAUGGAGUCCAUGCCUGUGAAGGCUGUAAGGGAUUUUUCAGACGAAGCAUACAGCAGAACAUCCAAUACAAAAAGUGCCUCAAGAAUGAGAGCUGCUCUAUCAUGAGGAUGAACCGCAACCGCUGCCAGCAAUGCCGCUUCAAGAAGUGUCUGUCUGUCGGCAUGUCCAGAGAUGCUGUUCGUUUUGGUCGCAUUCCAAAGCGUGAAAAGCAGCGAAUGCUGAUGGAAAUGCAGUCUGCCAUGAAGACCAUGAUGAACAGCCAGUUUGGCAGCUCGGGACACCAAGAAGCACUUCCAGAUUACCAAGCUUCACCAGCCAUUGUGCCACCCAUGCCCCAUUCGGUUCAAGAGAAAUUGGAGAACAAGGCUCAGCAAUAUUCAGAAAAAAAACCCACCCCCCCUCCUCGUCCUCCUCCUUCUCCCACGCCACAUCCUCUGUCUUCAGAUGUUAAAAAAGAAGAUGUCAUUGGUACGGUAACUAGAGCUCACAGAGAGACCUUCAUGUACAACCAGGAGCCUUCUGAAAUUAAAGUCGAAGCAAGCCAUCUGAUUGAAGGAAGAAUGAAUAAUGUAAAACACAUUAACAAUAAUAACAGUGUCCACUUCAAUAAUGGUUACACGAUCGCUCGCUGUCCUGUUAAUGAAAGACAGAAUUAUAUGAAUGGACAGCACAGGGGGAAUAACACCAUGGGCUAUGCAAGCGUCCAUGCUGUUUGUUACCCUAAUGAACACAAUAUAAACAUUUCUAAAGGUUUCUUCUACAAGGGAUGCAAUAAAGCAGCCAUGUUCGAUGUAUCUCAGGCUGACCACAUGAAUGGCUACGCUUGCAAUAGAGGAAGGCGAAUGCAUCUGGUCUGUCCAAUGAGUAAAACUCCAUUCAUGGACCUAAAUAAAUCGGGACCUCAGAUUUGGGAGGAGUUCUCCAUGAGUUUCGCCCCAGCUGUGAAAGAGGUGGUAGAAUUUGCCAAGCGCAUUCCAGGAUUUAAAGACCUUUCCCAGUACGAUCAGGUCAACUUGCUGAAGGCUGGAACAUUCGAGGUACUGAUGGUACGCUUUGCAUCACUGUUUGACGCAAAGGAGCGUACUGUCACCUUUCUUAGUGGGAAGAAGUACAGUGUGGAUGAGUUGCGUUCUAUGGGUGCUGGGGAACUACUGAACUCUGUAUUUGAAUUCAGCGAGAAGCUUAGUGCUCUGCAGCUUAGUGAGGAGGAGAUGAGCUUGUUUACAGCAGUUGUCCUCAUCUCUGCUGAUCGAUCUGGUAUUGAAAAUGUGAACUCUGUUGAAGCACUGCAAGAAACACUGAUUCGUGCACUCAGGACUUUAAUCAUGAAGAACCAUCCCAACGAGGCCUCCACCUUUACCAGGCUCCUCCUGAAGUUAGCAGACCUGCGUUCUCUUAACAACAUGCACUCAGAGGAGCUACUGGCUUUCAAAAUUCACCCAUAGGCCUAUAAAUGACUGAUGUGUUCUAUCUACUGUAUAUUGUGUAAUGAGAUAUUCCUAGUGUUAUGUUCGGCAUAAGGUAACUAUAAGAUGCCUUUUAAAGUGUGCCCAAUAAUUACAGUACACUCCAUGCAGGUGUCCAUUUUUCCAAUGCAGAUUGUAAUGAAGGCGAUAAUUUACUGGGAAUUAGUGACAUCACUGAGACAUUAGUUCCCAGUGGAUUGUCCGACUGGAUGGCUGCCUGUAAGUCAGACUUUUCAAGCCUUAUUUUUCAUGAUUUAGUAAUGUUGUAAAAUGUUUAGAUGCAAGAAUAUGGUGGCUGUACCUCUAAACAUGGCAGACUUUUAGGGGGAGAUGUAUUAUAGAGUACAAGUGGAAGUUUUGCCUAUAGCAACCAGAUUCUAGCUAUCAUUUAUCUAGUACAUUGUAUAAUAUGAUAGCUUGUACCGCUUGUCCUCUUUAUAAGGUUCAAUAAAUCUUCCCCUUAGUGCUAAAAUGGUUUCAACAUUUAAAGAUAUAAGAACCAAAUUUUUAUUGCACCAAAUAUGUUUGUUCGGGAUAGUCUUUGUUAUAUUCCACGGGUCAUCCUGCUUUAUCACAAUGUAAAUAAAUCCAUUUUUAGUACAUGAUUUUAGGUAGGUAGUGUAUAUAGGUAGACAUCAGAUAAAUGGUCGAGAAGCCGGUAUCUCAUCAUUUCUGAAUUCUAUUAAUAUGUGCCUCUGCCAAGAUCUGGAUUGUUGUCUGUCACACAGAUUCUUAGCAGGUGUGAGUUGUGUUCUCUCUGUAUUUCAUCUGUAUAUUAUAUACUGUACCUUUUACUGACAUGGUAUACGUUUAGAGAUUGUAAAUAUUACUAGUUAGAGAGUUACAGAUAAAUAUAUAUGUUGGCUUCCUCGCAAUAUUUUAACCUGUGAAGGGGUCUACUAAAAAUAGUUAAAAAUUAUAAGAUUUAUAAAAUGUAUAAACAUUAACUUACUGAUAAAUUGACUAAUUGUAUAUUUUAUUUUUAUUUUAAAUGGAAAAAUGUCUCAUGCUGCAGACAUUUUCUUUAAUGAAUCCACCCAGUAAAACUGGGUCUUUUGCAGCCCAGCUGCAACUUCAGUGAUUUCGCAUGUAACAGCAUUUGUCCAGGUAAACCUUAGAGAUGCACCCCACUUAUCACGUUCCUUUUAAACUCCAAAUUCAGCAUUUGAAAUCAUUUGUUUUGCCAAUACUUCUUAACACUGUGGCAGUUUGUAAAACUGAGUAGAUGAUGUAUACACUUUGUAUAGAAAUGGUUAUAAUAGUGCUAUGCUUAAUAUAGGGCUGAUCUUUAAAGGUCUGUUGUGUUUCGUAGCUUUGCUGCUUAAACAGAAAAAGCAAAAAUCUCACCAAAACAAAAUCAAAGCUGUAAUACGGGAGACAUUACUCAGCAGUAACGGUUAGAUUAUACCAGUGAAUCAUCAAUGUUAUCUGCUGUGAAUUUUUGGACUUUUUUUAUAAUUUUUUUUGUUUGUGUUUCUUGCUGUAUAAAUCUUUUAUAAUUUCUUUUGCAGCCAUUGGGGUCACAGACUACCCAAUAAAGAGGGCUAUUCAUUCUUGGCGCUGCAUUCUAUAAUUUUUAAUGCUUUCUUUUCCCAAUGGCUUUUUUUGUGUUGUAUAAUAACAAUUUUCUAUUACAUCAUCAGUAUACAAUGCUUUUAAUGCUCGGUAACAGCAUUACAUUAAAGAAAUUAUGAUGCAAAUCU